UACCUUGCUAUCUGGAUGCUGGCAGGACCGUCAUAAGAAAUCACGGGCUCCAUACAACAAAAUUACCCCAGCCCCCAAGACCCACCCCAGAUCCCGCCCACUUCAUACCACAGUUAAAAGACCACACAGACAUCAGCGCUAAAAACGCUUCCCAACUUCAAGUUCGGCUUUUUUCAUGACUUCGGGUCUUUUUGGGACUUCAACUUCGGCGGUUUGGGAUUUCGGCUUUUCAGCAGUUCGGGACUACAGAAGAUGCGGCACGGCUUUGACGCUGUCAAGGAGGUCCUGGCUAUUUCAAAAAGUGCAGCACAGCCAGGCCCCCCCUUUAGGCCCAGGCCCCCCCUGAUGGAGGACCUGGAUGCUGGACAUAGUGUAUCCUUUCAGGUGGAAAUGGAAGCCCGAUUUCUGAUUCUGUUCUCUGGGUAUUUUGUAUCUGUGUUUAGUUACCCCUAUGGACAAAUAAGCGCUUCCUGUGAUACGAUGCUUCCACAGCACAAGGGUAAUCGCCCCCAGGCAACAGCAUCUCCCUUCUUCAUCACAGUGUCUAAAACUUCAUUUAACAGUGGAGAUAGUAUAACAGUAAAAAUACAGUCCAGCUCAGACUACACUUUCAAAGGAUUCAUCCUAGAGGCUCUGUCUGUAGGGGGAGACACAAUAACUGGAGCUUUCACCACAACUGGAAACACUCAGGGACUUUCCUGUAGUGGAGGACCAAACUCAGCAGUCAGUCACUCAGACCCCAAUCCAAAAACAUCUAUUACCACUUCCUGGACAGCCCCUUCUGGAGUAGGACCUGUGCGCUUCAGAGCAACAGUUUUACAUGAUUUUGUCACUUUCUGGAGUGAAGUGGAGAGUGGUACACUUAUGCCAUUACAGAUUUCUAACACCACUUGUGGGACUGCCAAGUUCUGCUUCAGUGACCCAGCAAACUGCAGCCCUAACAGCAGUAACUGUCUGUUCAUGUCCGCAGUACCGUCCAGUAGUGGAUAUGUGUUUGAAAUGAGUGGAUCCACCUCAGGAUAUAUAGCCAUUGGAUUUUCUGAUGAUCAGAAAAUGGGAAGUGAUGAUUAUUACAUUUGUGCCAAAAAUUCAUCUGAAAAUGUCCUGAUUCAAAGAGCUUACUCCACUGGGCCUGUUACUCCUCAAUCCAGGAACGCAAGCUUGUCAGGAUCCCCUGUCUCAUCAUACAUUAAUGGAGUAUUGAAUUGCAUCUUCAGUUCUGGGGCCAGUAUCUCCACAUCUCCAUCUCGAGCAAGUGCAUCUUCCGCUUACUUCAUUUUCCUUGCUACCGGCCCCACCCAGGCAAAUGGUCAGAUUCAACAGCACAUAAAAAAUCCACUAAUAACAGCCACUAAAAUUGAUCUCUCAAUUUAUGGAAGCACCAAAGCAGCCAGUGGAUCAAGCUCUCUUGUUCUUGGCCAUGGUGCACUGAUGCUCAUUGCUUGGAUGACUACUGGCACUAUAGGAAUGCUUAUAGCUCGCUAUAUGAAAAAUGCAGCUAAAGAGCAAUAUGCUGGAAAAGGCCUUUGGUUUCUGCUUCAUGUUUUCCUAAUGAUCCUGACUGUGAUGCUGACAAGUAUCGCCUUCAUCAUGAUUUUUUCAGAGGUUGCUGGCUGGAGCUCUGAUACUGGUGCCCAUCCUGUCCUUGGAUGUAUCGUGAUGAUUCUCUCGUUUCUACAACCGUUUGGUGCUUUGCUGCGUCCAGCUCCAAAUGAUAAAAGGCGUUUCAUCUUCAACUGGGCACAUGGGCUGAAUGCAUUGGUCAUCAAGGUACUGGCAGUGGCUACAUUGUUCCUUGGCCUUCAGCUUGUGGAUACUUCCUCUAACCAGUGGAUGCCAAAGGUGAUGGGUGGCUUUUAUGGGUGGGAAGUUUUAUUCUACAUCAUUCUUGAAGUCAAUGCACGUUGGAAUGAAAAAGCAGUGUAUGAGGAAGUGUAUAAAAAGCUGCAGAGUGAGUCAGUUAUACUAGUGACCUUCGUCUGCGGGAAUCUGGCUUUUCUGAUAGCUCUGCUGGUAGGCAUCGGACAGUCAUGAUCUCCUUCUUCUAUGAAUCAGAAUAUGCUCACAUUCUGACUGCAGUGCAGUUCAGAUGAGCAGUUUUGCACCUUUAUUCUAAAGUCCUGCAUUACAGUAAGAGAUUUCUUCUCAGUGCAAUUAGCUCUGAUACCUAACAUAUAUAUGGCUCUAUGACUAAACAGAAGAUUGGAUCAAUGCUUGUGUUUAAAAAUACAUAAGGUGCAUCUUCUGGCAGGUUCUUUUCUCAGGUACAGUUUCCCCUGCAAAGAGAGAUGUAGAUGUAUUCUUCUGUAUUUAACCUGUCAAUUGUUGAAAAAAUAUUUUAUUAUGUUUUUUUAUCAUUUCUAAUAAAAUUAGAUUUUUACUUU